GGGCAGAAAGCGCGCGAGACGGGGAGCACGUGACUCAGCCAGCGCGGGACCUCUCCGGGCUGCGGGGGUACGGGGGAGCAGGGGGCGGCUGCCGCCAUUUUGUGCCGGGCGCCCCGCCGCGGCUCGCCCUGUCGCGACAGCCAUGUCGUCGCCCGCCUCCACGCCCAGCCGCCGUCGCAGCAAGCGCGGCCGGAGCAGCAACCCCCCGACCCCGCAAGACGCCCGCUCGCCGCCGUCGCAGAAGCGCCGCCCGGACGACUCGGCCUCCCCCGGGGAUCUGCAGCCGCUGCCCACCUCGCCGCCCGCCGAUGCCCGCAGCCCCGGCGCCGCCGACGCGCUCUUCUCCAGCCCGCCGCAGUUCCGCCACUCAGCCAUUCCUCUCGACUUCGACAUCAGCUCCCCGCUGACAUACGGCACGCCCAGCUCCAGGGUUGAAGGCACCCCGCGCAGCGGCGUCCGCGGCACCCCGGUGAGGCAGAGGCCAGACCUGGGCUCUGCCCGUAAAGCCAGACAAGUCGACCUACACUCCGAUGGGCUGGCUGAGGAUUUGGUAGCCAGUGAGCAAUCCCUUGGACAAAAGCUCGUUAUCUGGGGAACCGAUGUGAACGUAACCUCAUGCAAAGAAAAAUUCCAGAGGUUUCUUCAGCGUUUCAUUGAUCCGCUGGCUAAAGAGGAUGAAGAUAUCGGCUUGGAUCUUAAUGAACCACGCUACAUGCAGCGCCUUGAAGAGAUUAAUAUGGUUGGGGAACCAUUUCUGAAUGUAAACUGUGACCAUCUAAGAGCAUUUGAUGAAAAUCUUUACAGACAACUGAUCUGCUAUCCUCAGGAAGUUAUCCCAACGUUUGACAUGGCUGCAAAUGAGAUCUUUUUUGAUCGUUACCCAGAUUCCAUAUUAGAACAUCAAAUUCAAGUACGGCCAUACAAUGCACUGAAGACUAGGAAUAUGAGAAGUCUAAAUCCUGAAGAUAUUGAUCAACUUAUCACCAUCAGUGGUAUGGUCAUCAGAAGUUCCCAGUUAAUUCCUGAGAUGCAAGAAGCAUUCUUUAAGUGCCAGGUUUGCGCUUUCACCACAAGAGUAGAAAUUGAUCGUGGCAGGAUUGCUGAACCAUCAGUAUGCAAGCACUGUAACACAACGCACAGUAUGGCCCUGAUUCACAACAGAUCGAUGUUCUCUGACAAACAGAUGAUCAAACUGCAGGAGUCUCCUGAAGAUAUGCCAGCUGGGCAGACGCCUCAUACGGUGGCACUGUUCGCUCACAAUGACCUCGUUGAUAAAGUUCAACCGGGCGACAGAGUUAACGUCACAGGUAUCUACAGGGCCGUCCCAAUUCGAGUUAAUCCGAGAGUUAGCGUUGUAAAAUCUGUCUAUAAAACCCACAUUGAUGUCAUACACUAUCGCAAGACUGAUGCAAAACGCCUGCACGGUGUUGAUGAGGAAACAGAGCAAAAAAUGUUUACAGAGGAACGUGUGGAAAUUCUGAAAGAGCUUUCCAAAAAAGCAGACAUAUACGAAAGACUUUCUUCAGCAUUGGCCCCAAGUAUCUACGAGCAUGAAGAUAUCAAAAAGGGCAUUCUGCUUCAGCUUUUUGGGGGGUCAAGAAAGGAUUUCACUCAAACAGGAAGAGGCAACUUCCGCGCUGAGAUCAACAUUCUUCUCUGCGGUGAUCCUGGUACUAGUAAAUCACAGCUGCUCCAGUACGUGUACAACCUGGUUCCUCGAGGCCAGUAUACAUCCGGGAAAGGCUCAAGUGCAGUUGGUCUUACUGCGUAUGUGAUGAAGGAUCCAGAAACUCGACAGCUGGUUCUUCAGACAGGUGCUCUAGUACUUAGUGAUAAUGGCAUUUGUUGCAUUGAUGAGUUUGAUAAAAUGAAUGAAAGCACAAGAUCAGUUCUGCAUGAAGUAAUGGAACAACAGACACUGUCCAUUGCAAAGGCUGGAAUUAUUUGCCAAUUGAAUGCUCGUACAUCUAUCCUAGCAGCAGCUAACCCUAUAGAAUCACAAUGGAAUCCAAAAAAGACUACUAUUGAAAACAUCCAGCUUCCUCAUACACUGUUAUCAAGAUUUGACUUGAUCUUUUUAAUGUUGGAUCCACGUGACGAAGCCUACGACAGACGCCUUGCUCGCCAUUUGGUUUCACUGUACUAUCAAAGUGAAGAAAAGAUGGAGGAGGAAUACAUGGACAUGGCAGUAUUGAGGGAUUACAUUGCUUAUGCUCGUUGUUACAUAAAUCCCAGGCUAAGCGAAGAAGCAAGCCAGGCCCUCAUUGAGGCAUAUGUGGACAUGAGGAAGAUUGGGAGUGGCAGGGGAAUGGUUUCUGCAUAUCCUCGACAACUUGAGUCUCUGAUCCGACUGGCAGAAGCACAUGCUAAAGUACGCUUUUCUGAGAAAGUCGAAACAAUUGACGUAGAAGAAGCAAAACGCCUCCAUCGGGAAGCUCUGAAGCAGUCUGCUACUGAUCCAAGGACUGGCAUUGUGGACAUAUCCAUUCUCACUACAGGAAUGAGCGCAACAGCUCGUAAGCGGAAAGAGGAGUUGGCUCAAGCCUUGAGGAAGCUUAUCCAGUCAAAGGGUAAAACACCAGCUUUGAAAUACCAACAGCUUUUUGAGGAUCUCCGAGCACAGUCUGACGUCGCUGUCACUAAGGAAAUGUUUGAGGAAGCACUUCGUGCCUUGGCUGAUGAUGACUUCCUGACUGUGACUGGAAAAACUGUAAGAUUGCUGUAAGUUAGUCUUUCCGUGCAAGCCACUUGCAAUGGCUUUUACUUCACCUUAUUUACUAUAUUGCUAGCCUGCAAGAUCUUCAAGAUUUGGGACUAUCAUUUGCUAUAAGAAGUGCCACUCGAUCUCUUGUGCUGAUAGUAAUAACCAUUACGAAGGUCUUAAACUCCCUAGCUGAAUGAUGCUAUUUACAUUUGAGCAAAUGUAAUUGCCAUGUUUUUUUAUGCUUUUUUUAGAACAUGCUAACAAUACUAUUUGUAUUUCAAAAUGAAUUGUAAAAAUUCAACUUAUAUGACUUUGAUAAAUGAAACUUGACUUUGCUGUCAUCUGAAAUAAAGUUAUUUGAUUUUAAAA